AUGGGACAUAAGCUCCUCCCCAUGGCCAUUCUGGCCUUGCGCAUUAUCGCCUCGGCCAGGGCAGCGGAAAUCCUCCAAUAUGUGACCGACAUGCCUAUAUACAGCGCUUUGAGUGCCAUCAGCUACGCCGUCAUGUCCAACACAUAUAGCGUGUGCCCCGAAGGUGCCCCCGAGCUCCAGUCAUGUAUCUGCACCAAGAACAAGAACCUCGCCUCCGUCUCCUCCAGGGUUGCAGCCUCAGUCAGCAACAUUUGCGGGGAUGCAGCAAGCCAUGAUCAGUCCUCGGUGCAGACGGUUCUAAGCGCGUAUUGCGAUCCGACCGCGACAAUCACGCUUGCGACUCCAACCGCAGUACAGGUUUUGAUCACAGAGAUUGCCGAGUUCAGUUACAUGGCCGAAUGCGCGCAAAGCGGCCUCAAAUACGCUGUGGCGUCAAUGACCAACACGUUCUGUCCGACGGACGCUCCUGCCUUGGCCGACUGUGCCUGCAACAAGAAUAAGAAUUCGGUGAUGGUCAGCUCAGAGAUCAACUCAAGGGUCAAGUCUUCGUGCUCCGGACUUUUGGCCGAUAUCACGUCCGCCCAGGCCAUGUUCGCCGCGUACUGUGGUCUAAAUGCCGGCACAUCUGCAUUCCCAGUGCCUUCUCCGCCGCCUGGCGACAUGACGUACUUCAUCACGGAUUUGCCCCAGUACAGCUCUCUUGCAAAAUGUGCCCAGGAGGGUUUGAGCGAGGCGGUUCAGUGGCAAACAUACUUGUGCCCCAGCGGCCCGCAGGCGCUCGCUUCGUGCGCGUGUCUCAAAGACGGCAUGGCCAGCAUGAUCCUGAAGAGCAUCACUUCCUCUGUCAAGUACGAGUGCGCUUCAACCGCCGUCGAUGAUGUUUCGUCUGCUGUGGACGUCUAUAACUUCUAUUGCAGCGCUGCUGCCGGGUCAGCGACUGCCACUGGGGUCGUGAACUCUGUGGAACAGACAUUCCCCACCGCCGCUUCGAGCGUUGCAAGGCAGACGGGCGCCAGCGGAAGUGCCAGCGGUAGUGCCAGCGGAAACGGGACAGCUGGUUCUACUGACGGGAGCAACACGGGUUCAAGCGGCCCCAGCACCGGUUUGAUCGUCGGGGCCGUGGUUGGUGUUGUCGGUGGUCUGGCUCUGAUCGGAGCUAUCGUCUUCUUUGUCUUCAGGCACAUCAGGAAGAACAAAGCCGAGUCGCUGCGAAACCCCGAGACAGGGACUGGGCCUGAGAACCCGCCCGUUCCUCAGACUCCCUUCGGCGGCAAGUCAGAGCUAGCCAGCGACUCGGUCGUCGCCGCCUCAGAGCUACCACCUUCGAGCCCGGCCCCAAGCACGCUCCAGGCUGCCGCCGUUCCUCCACGAGCCGACACCGUCUCACCCGCCUCUGCCAACACGGCCGCCUACACCCCGCCUCCGAACCACCAAGCCGAGCUGAACGGGCAAUCUUCGCUAUACCCGCCAAUGCCGAACCGCCCGGAGCUGCACAGCCAGGCAUCUGGUACCCCACCGCCGCCAAACGCGCCAGAACUCUACGGUCAAGGUGCUCCAGCUCCCGACAGACCUGAGCUCCAGGGCCAGAGCGCCGUGUACGCGACCCCACCUCCCAACUUGUCGGAACUGCAGGGCCAAGGCACGCAGUUUCACAACGCCGCCCCGAACCGGCCGGAGCUUCCUUCGCCGGCUCCUUCGCCAAACCCUCAACAGAUGCAGGGGUAUCAAUUGUCCCAUGCUGGCACGCCGCCUCCUCCUCCUCCUCCUGCUUCUGGUGGCGCCGCCAUGUACGGGCAGCAGCAGCAACACACGCAGGCAUCCUGGCACUCGGGACCGGUGCCAGAGUUCCAUGAAAUGGAUGCUGGUGGAGAUGGAGUGCCGCAGAGGUGA